UCUCUCUCUCUCUCUCUCUGUGUGUGUGAAGUUACUUGAAAGUUUUGAAGUUGGUAAAGUGAUGAAGUCCGCCCACAAAUGAACAUACAUCUCGACUGGAGACCAAUGAUUGGAGUGAGUGAGUGAGUGAGUGAGUGAGUCUCAGAACAAUUUCUGGUCCAUUUCACUGGGGACAGGAGAGGGCAGAGCAGGAGAUGGGAGCAUCGAGGUUUGGUUUACAUUGGGACAUAAUGUGUCUCCCCCCAUUCCACCUUUUCCUGCUAUUUGCCAUUAUUUCCACCUCUCCAACUGUCCACAGGAGUGCAGCUCAGGCACAGGAAGGUGACGGUUGCGGGCACACAGUCCUGGGCGCCCACAGCGGGACUCUAACCUCCAAGAACUACCCGGGCACGUACCCCAAUCACACCCGGUGUCGCUGGGAGCUGCGCGUGUCGUCCGGGAGCAACAUCAUCGUGAAGUUGGGUGACCUGGACCUCGAAUACACGGAGCACUGCGCCUCCAGCUCACUGCAGAUCUUUUCCCCGUCGAUGGACAAAGUGGCCGGUACUUACUGCGGGAACUUUAACACGGCCCCAAGGGAACUCACGCUGAACUCGAGCCACGUGACUGUGGAGUUCAGGAGCGUCACUCACAUUUCAGGAAGAGGAUUUCUGCUCUCGUACUCCACGGACAACAACCCAGACCUGAUUUCCUGUCUGGAUAAAGGCAUUCACUAUUCCCAGCCACGGUUCACUGUGUAUUGUCCGGCCGGCUGUCAAGGCGUCAGUGGAGAGAUCUGGGGAAACAAUCAGCCGGGUUAUCGCGAUACGUCAGUCCUGUGCAAGGCGGCCAUUCACGCUGGGGCCAUCGCGGACGGCGUGGGAGGCCGUACCUCGCUCGCACUGCUCAAAGGCGUGACUUUGUACGAAGCCGCUUUGGCCAACGGGAUCUUAACUAGAAUGGGAGCUCUCUCCGAGAAACGGAUCCUCGUUCGCAGAGACUGCGACGAGGCUCUGGAAGCUGUCAAUCUCAACGCCUCAUCGUCGUGGAGGGACACCGGCCGUACCGGGGGUCUGGUCGUCUGGUCUCCAGACAGAGCUCGGACCAGCAGCGAAGGGCAUCCUCCAGCCUGGGCCGCUCGCAAAGCCUCCCGCAAGGAGUGGCUCCAAAUCGACUUGGGUGAACGGAAGAACGUCACAGGGAUUGUGACCACAGGCACUGGGAACAAUUCCUAUAACUAUUACGUGAAGUCGUACAAGAUUUCCUACAGUCGGGAUGGAAGAAACUGGAGAAUGUACAAGAGCAGACGGGGCAAGGAAGAGAAGGUUUUCGAAGGGAAUCGGGAUUGUCGGCAACAAGCCAGGAACAACUUUCUCCCGCCUUUCAUCAGCCGCUACAUCCGGAUCAACCCCCAGACGUGGUCGCAGAGAAUCUCGCUGAAGGCAGUGGUUCUCGGCUGCGACAUCUCCCCCCGUCCCCGCUCAGCCGGGUUUCCCAGGAGCCCAAAACCUUUGCCAAAGCCGACUAGCCUUCCCAAGGAAAGCAGCACUCCGGCAGAUCAUGUAGUUAUCGAGAAGCACUUAACAGGUUUUAAUUUGAUGGUGAUAUGUGUUGUAGUUGGCGCUGUGUUAAUCGUUUCUGCGGCUGUCCUGACACUGCAUCUAUGCUGGAAGAAAAGGAAAACUGGAGCAGAAAUGGACCGCCCUUCACCAAAAGUAUACGCUCAGCCCGACGUUGUUCAAGCGGGACGAGGGUCGGCAAUGGCGGGGCCGCAGAAACCCUCGCUGACCUUCCAGCCGCUGGAGAUGGACGACGGCUACACCGUGCCGCUCGCGGUCGAUCACUACGACGUCCCGUUUUCGGGCAGGGGCCACGAGUACGCCUCACCGCUGCCGAACCAGGAGCCGGAGUACGCCACUCCCUUUGUGGAGCGAACUGCCGAGUCUGAGCCCAGCACCAAGAAAAGCGUCUGCGUGGUCAAAGUCAUCCCGUCUUUAAAGGCUCCGGCGGCGCCCGAAGCAGUCCAGCCGCAGUACGAUUCGCCCGCUCAGAGACUCGACCGCCCCGGCGCCUUGGGUCACCCCCCCACCCCUCCCCACAACGCUCCUCCAGCAACCGUCUGGCGGCAGAAUCCCGACCAAAACCCCGGUGAUCGGAACAGAGCCAACCAGCAAAUGAGCCCGGCAAAGGACACUUCAACACCUGUUGACGCUGUGCUGUCAGGAUAGUAAGGUCCUGCCACAAAGUGUGGAAAAUUAGCACUUGUACGUGUGUUUUUGUGUGUGUGUGUGUGUGUGUAUAUUAUAUAUAUAUUAUAUAUGAAAAAAACUACCUACAUUCCUGAUUUAUGAAGAUCUCGACAAGACAAUUUUAGAUACACGUGUCUGGAGCACGCCUCAAAGGGCUCGAUACUGCUGGCUGGGCAUCCGAGCUACGGGUUGGGAGUUGAGGGGCGAGUGGUGGGAUGGGGGGACGGGGGAAAAUAACACGGUCACAGAGGUACGUCUUGAAAUAUGACAACGCGGCAGUCUUGAAUUCGACGGGUUUCAAAGUACAGUAAAAGCCACUGAAUUUACGGCACCAGGUUGUGAGGGGACUGGAAAUCACUUUACAAGCGAGAAUAUUGCAUUUUAGAUUUUUUGUAAUCCACUUAUUUAAUAUUUUUUGUAACUCCUUUUUUUUAAAAAAAAACGGUCGACGAGGAGUAAAAGGCACUUUGCGAAUGAGGGCAGAAAACCUGUAUUGCUUUGAUGGAUUUUUUUCAAAAAGAGAAUUCUUUGUCACAGAAACUCUUGAUGGUAUUUUUUAUCAAUAAUUAAAUAGAAAGUUUGUACUGGAUAAAA